AAAACUAAAAAGUAGGAAUAUCCCUGCCUUACCCUCCAAGUAAUUGUUGCUUAAAUACAUAUGGUUGGUGGACUAUAUAUUUACUUGAACCUGAACCAAAACAAAACCAUUAAUUCCAUUUGUUUCCUUCAUAUGGCUAACAACAUUCUUACCAUGACAAACCUCAAUUUCGAACUUGAUUGCAAGAGAACUCAUGAUUCUUUGGGGAGUUUGAGUCAAUUGAUCACAUCUCUGGCUUGUGUAACCCACCAUGAAAGACAACAACUCAGGGAGACCUUUAAGGCAGUGAAUGGAGAAGACUUUAUAAGUCACCUUCAAAGAUAUGAAGAUGCGUUUUCUUCUCCUUCUUCUUCUUCUUCUUCUUCUUCUUCUUCUUCUUCUUCUUCUUCUUCUUCUUCUUCUUCUUCUUCUUCUUCUUCUUCUUCUUCUUCUUCUAUGAACUGUUCUGCUAUUUCCUUGUGGAUGCUUGACACACAUGACAGGGAUGCUGUUGUGGCUAGAGAAGCUCUCCAACAAGAUGAGACCAAUUUCAAGGCUCUUGUGGAGAUUUUUGUGGGUAGAAAAUCAAGUCAUGUUCUUCUCAUCUCACAGGCCUACCAGAAAAUGUUCAAAAGACACUUGGACCAAGAUAUUAUCAAUUUGGACCCUCCACACCCCUUUCAAAAGAUUAUUGUGGCAUUGGCUGCAUCACACAAAGCUCAUCAAGCAGAUGUCAACCAUCAUAUAUCCAAGUGUGAUGCUAGGAGGCUCUAUGAGACUGGGGAGGGAAGCUUAGGAACUGUAAUUGAAGCUGUUGUGUUAGAAAUUUUAAGCAAGAGGAGCAUUCCCCAACUGAAGCUAACAUUUUUUAGUUAUAAACACAUUUAUGGACAUGACUACACAAAGUCUAUCAAGAGGGGGAAAUACGGUCAAUUUGGUAAAGCUUUAAAGGUGGUUGUGAAAUGCAUUUGUAAUCCAGCACACUAUUAUGCAAAGCAUCAAAGGGGAAACAAGGGACAGAAGAGUUUUGGCACGAACAUUGGUAAGCAGGGCUGAGAUAGACAUAGAUGAAAUUAGAAGGGUUUUCAAAGAAAAGUAUGGGAAGGAACUUGCUGAUGCUAUAUGUGAAGGCUUUCCAUCUGGUGACUACUACAGAGACUUUCUUGUUGCCUUGGCUACAAGAUCUAAGUAGACCCUGUUGCAUCUGAUCUUAACUUGUAUUGCAACAAAAUUUGUUGAGAAUAGUAUAAUUCAUAUCAACUUUUUGAGUUUCUUUUGUGGGUAACAUGAAUUGAAAGAAGCUUGUUUAGCUUAAUACUAUUUUAUUUGAUUUAGUAUCAUCAUAA